AUGGGUUGCUCCAAGAAUAACCCGCAUGCGACACGUGACGCUCAAAGAGCAAGGCCUAGCCACUCGCCCAGCCCCCCUCACGAAGCUCACCCCGCACGACAGACCGGGACCACAUCGACACGCAGACUAAGACGCUACCACCAGAGCGCGAUCGACACGCGCGAGGACUACAGCGACCCGCGAGCGACAGCGCGAACCCGGCGAGCGACAGCGACCCGGCAGAGACAGCGUACCCGCGAGGACACGCACCGCGAGCGACAGCGCGACCAGCGCGAGCGAAGCGCCCGCCAGCGAACCGACCCUGGAGACAGACGACCAGCGCGACAGACUAACACUCACUCGACAAGCCGACCCGCAACACGCGACCCCCAGAGCGCACACCGCACCCACACAGCACAUCUACAUCUACCCCAACACGAGACCAAGCGCACCCGCGCGAGCGACAGCGCGACAGCCCAGCCAGCACAGCUCGACCCUCUCGACCGUACAACCCCGAGGACAGCGACCGCCGAGCUGAGAGCCCACCCCGCUAGCGACAGCGCGACCCGCGCGAGCGUACAGCGCGACCCGCGCGAGCGACAGCGCGACCCAUCGCGAGCGACAGCGCGACCCAGCGCGAGCGACAGCGCUGACCCACGCCUGCGACAGCGCGACCCGACGCGAGCGACAGCGCGGACCCGCGCGAGCGACAAGCUUCGACCCUACGCGAGCGACAGCGCGACCACGCGGCGACAGCGCGACCGCGGAGGACAGCGCUACCCGCGCGAGCGAAGCGCGACCCGCGGCGAGCGACAGCGCGACGCGCGAGCGACAGCGCGACCCACGCGAGCGACAGCGAGACCCACGCGAGCGACAGCGCGACCCGCGCGAGCGACAGCGGACCCGGCGGAGCUGACAGCGCGACGCGCGGAGCUACAGCGCGACCCGCGCGAGCGACAGCGCGACGCGCGAGCGGCAGCGCGACCCGCGCGAGCGACAGCGCGACCCACGCGAGCGACAGAGCGACCCGCGCGAGCGACAGCGCGACCCGCGCGAGCGACAGCGCGACCCGCGCGAGCGACAGCGCGACGCGCGAGCGACAGCGCGACCCGCGAGCGAGAGCGCGACAGGCGGGAGCGACAGCGCGACCCGCGCGAGCGACAGAGCGACCCGCGCGAGCGACAGAGCGACCCGCGCGAGCGACAGAGCGACCCACGCGAGCGACAGCGCGACCCGCGCGAGCGACAGAGCGACCCGCGCGAGCGACAGCGCGACAGCGCGAGCGACAGCGCGACCCGCGCGAGCGACAGCGCGACCCGCGCGAGCGACAGCGCGACCCGCGCGAGCGACAGAGCGACCCGCGCGAGCGACAGCGCGACCCCGCGCGAGCGACAGCGCGACCCGCGCGAGCGACAGCGCGACCCACGCGAGCGAGAGCGCGACCCGCGCGAGCGACAGCGCGACCCGCGCGAGCGACAGCGCGACAGGCGCGAGCGACAGCGCGACCCACGCGAGCGACAGCGCGACCCACGCGAGCGACAGCGCGACGCGCGCGAGCGACAGCGCGACCCGCGCGAGCGACAGCGCGACCCGCGCGAGCGACAGCGCGACCCGCGCGAGCGACAGCGCGACCCGCGCGAGCGACAGCGCGACCCACGCGAGCGACAGCGCGACCCGCGCGAGCGACAGCGCGACCCGCGCGAGCGACAGCGCGACCCACGCGAGCGACAGCGCGACCCGCGCGAGCGACAGCGCGACCCGCGCGAGCGACAGCGCGACCCACGCGAGCGAGAGCGCGACCCGCGCGAGCGACAGCGCGACGCGCGAGCGACAGCGCGACCCACCGCGACCCGCGCGAGCGACAGCGCGACGCGCGAGCGACAGCGCGACCCACGCGAGCGACAGCGCGACAGGCGCGAGCGACAGCGCGACCCACGCGAGCGACAGCGCGACAGGCGCGAGCGACAGCGCGACCGCGCGAGCGACAGCGCGACCCGCGAGCGACAGCGCGACCCGCGCGAGCGACAGCGCGACCCACGCGAGCGACAGCGCGACCCACGCGAGCGACAGCGCGACAGGCGCGAGCGACACGCGACCCGCGCGAGCGACAGCGCGACCCGCGCGAGGCGACAGGCGCGACCCACGCGAGCGACAGCGCGACCCGCGCGAGCGACAGCGCGACCCGCGCGAGCGACAGCGCGACGCGCGAGCGACAGCGCGACGCGCGAGCGACAGCGCGACCCGCGCGAGCGACAGCGCGACCCGCGCGAGCGACAGCGCGACCCACGCGAGCUACAGCGCGACCCGCGCGAGCGACAGCGCGACCCACGCGAGCGACAGCGCGACAGGCGCGAGCGACAGCGCGACCCGCGCGAGCGACAGCGCGACCCGCGCGAGCGACAGCGCGACCCACGCGAGCGACAGCGCUACCCACGCUAG